AUGAGGCGCGGGAAAUUAGAGAACAAGUAACACAAUUGGCUGCUGUGAAAGAAAGAGUAGCAUUCAUUCAAUUGGGUUGGAAAUUGAAAGUGAUAGUGAUAGUGCAUGCUUGGCGGAAGAUGAAGUCUCAGAUGGCGAAUGGAUCAGUAAUUCUGAGGAAAGUGACUCAUCUGACAUCGGACAUGAUACAGAAAACGUUGUGUCAGCUACUGGUACAGUGAGCCGUGAUGCCAAUUUGGAGAAAACGGAACCUCGGAGAAAGGUGGUUGAAACAACUUCCAAUACCACAAAGACUCUAGAGUCCCUUUCUGCAUUAAAUGAACUACCACCUGUUCAUAUUUAUGCACCAGAUCAUUCAACGCUCUUAGUUAUGUUAAGAGAAAAUAAAUUGAACUGGUUUGCCUUUGUUCAUGAUUUAAAGACCUAUAUGAAAGAACAUGAGAAUGAAGUAGUUAACGAAGUUUUGGCCAGCUUUGUUCAGCAGUUGUUAUUUAUGGAUUUAGAUGACAAUGAAUUACGAUUAAUAGAGCAAUCGCGACAGGCUUUUCUGCACAGUGAAAAAGUUUCUAUGAUGGAGAGGACAGGUUUAACAGACUCGGAAAGUGACGAUCCUGAAGAAUGGACAGAAGUAAAAAACUUGAGAUCUAAAGAAUGUCGAGAAAUGAUAAAAAAGCAAAGAGCAAUAAUCAAAAGAAUGGCAAAACGAAAAGCUGCUAAGGUGAUUGCCAGUAGAUGUCUACUAAAGAGGAAAGUCCCAGCACGAGUUUCUAAAAUUGUAAAGCAGUUUCCUAACAUAGGGAAGGACAUUGAAACAUUUGUCAGAAGCAAGCGAUUUGGUGCUGAUGCGUGGAGGCGCACAGGUUUAACAACCUUCGAUGGGAAUAGGAAAACUGGUCCAAAGGCAUCUUUCCGUUCUAUAAAAAGGUAUCUUGAAGAGAAGUACAACAGAAAGAUUGGGUAUGGUACAGUCGUCCAGCUGUGCGUGGUCCGAAAUAAACGACGUAUUUCUGCGAAGAGGUACAAAGGUAUCGCGAAAGUUACAUGCCGAAGAGCCAGGAAAGGAUUCCAGCUGAAGUUAAAUGUCGAUGCACAUUACAGUUGUGCAAUGUACAAAGGACUUGAUUACAUCCAGCUAAAAGAUGGUCGUGACAAGAUAAUCCUAAAUCGUGACGACCAAGCAGGGUUUCGGUUGGAUACAACAUAUACCCAUCGGCAAUAUAAAUCGCUUUCUACGGACUCCCAGGAGGUGACAACACACACCGAUUAUGUUAAUAAAUACUCGUCGGUAUUGCAAACAUCAUCUUACCUGUUUAUGGCAACAGAUACGACUAUUGAACAAUGCGCUGGGGUUGUUAAGCCUCACAUUGCGUUUGAGAAAAACCCUUCCCAACACGCUGCAGAUUUUAGAAUGGUAAAAACAACUGCUGACUUUGAAUUUCUUAAGUCAAAAGAGAAACCUGUUGAUUGCAUUCGUGUGGAUGGAGCAACAGAUGAACGUCCAUCAGUAAAAGAAGUUCAGUUUCUCUGGACAGAAGUUCAUUUAACUGAAGGGAAAGUUUAUACAAGUGUUACAUGCAGAUACAGUGGAGGUAGCUUCCUCAACAGAGUUGAGCUGAUGAACGGUUGUUUGGCACACGCUCAUAGCAAUCUGUUUAUCCCUUCUACACUUUCUGGUUUCAAUCUUUCCGAAAACGGUUUGGAUGAUGGGAAAUUGUUGGAAAACUUGAAUUUGGCAAGUGACGUUUAUAUUGACCGUGUUAAUGGCGCACCGUGUGGUGAAACAACAAUCAAAUUGUUCAAAGGAUCAAAAGAUAAACAUGCCGAAUACUUAAAAAACAGAAGGCCAAAUCUUCUUAUUUUCCUGCAUGGUUCAAAAAAGGCAAGAACAGAGUUAAAAAAAGAGAACAGCACACAGUUUGAGUACUUCAAUGAGAUUUGGGAUCUAAGAAACAGUCACAUGAUUAAAGAUCUUCCAGACCAAUAUGCAUUUGUGCUCCUAUCUUGCUAUAAAUCGAACUGUAUCCAUCCAGUGUGUCGACAGGGAAGGCCCAUAGCACCUUUAACUUGGUUUACCAAUGGUCCUCUACUGACGUAUUUCCCCCAUCCUACUCCGGAUCCAACAAAACCAUGGGGUGGCACAUGUUCUAAGUGUAAAUCGUUUUGUUCUGGACACUUUAUGUCGCCAGAAGAAAAUAUCAAGCAUGUGCUGGCGAAAGGCACAAAAGAUUGUAUGAAAGAACCGCCGACAGUGACCGUAAAGAAAUACUACGAACAGAGAAUAAAGGACAAUCUGCAAGUCUUUGACGAACACAGCAUCAUUGAUCUGGCUAAGAGAACACUUCUUCCAGUACCAGAUGUCCAAAUGCGGUUACAGCACCUUUCUGAUGUAUCCGAUAGACGCAAGGCUGGGGCUGUGAAAGCUGCAGCUACACGAAAAGCUAAACGUAGGUCAAUGGUUAUUAUACUAGCAGGCCAUACUAAAAUUAGAAAUAUUUGUUUGUUUUUAUGAAUAUUAAAACUUACUGACUGUAUUUUCGAAAUUUGUGUUUAGGGGAGAGUCAACAAAAGCAGGACCCGUUUUGCUUAUGCGGCAACGAUGAUAAUGAUGAAAUGGUAAUGUGCGAAAACAAAAAAUGCAAGUAUCAGUGGUUUCAUUAUCAAUGCGUAGUUAUGACGGAAGACACUGUCCCAGAUGGCGAGUGGUUUUGUCCUAGUUGCGAAGGUAUUAGAAUAUACAUCCAAUGUUGAUCAGACCAAGUCAGCAACAGGUUUAGUUAAGCCAAACUGGUGAAAACUGAGUACUUACUAUUCGUUUGUGCAGACUGUACAGUAAAACUUGCCACUAAAACAUAUUGGUUGUUUUAACAUUGAUAAUUUCCUUUUCUUUAAUUUAUAGGUAAAUCGACACGAAAACCAACAAAGAAGAAAAGACAGAAACGAAAAACAUAGUGUAUUCAAUAUUUGGUCCUUUGUUAUGUUAAUAUGCAGUAUUAAAUUAAAACAUGUUUAACAAAAAACUUCAGUGUGCUUCAGAGUUCUUCCCAUUAGCUUCAGUGUGUUUCAAGAGUUCUGAACAGCAUGAGCGGGGGAUUUUCCUUGCAAAAGGUCCGGGGGCGAGGUAUGCCACACUUUUCGCCAGUUUCUUAAUCCAAGUCCCCGGUAAUCCCCGGCCUGGGGUAGGUGGGGAUUUACUUUGUCUGGUGCAUAAUUAAAAUCAAUUAAAAUUUACAAAUUGAGCUUUUUGAAUAUAGACCAUUGCAAAUUUUUUUAAAAUUUGUUUAACCCUUUAUAGUGGCAAUGUCCCUACUUUAGUAUAUUACUCCGUCUGGUGCCAGACAAUUUUACUCAAAGGCAGAAUGUAGACUUGCCACAAGUCGACCUUGAACGAAACGUCGGCUCACACUCGCUGCUUGCGUUUUGUUCGAGGUCGACUUGUGGCAAGUCUAGGCAAAAUGCUGCCACUCAAUGAGUUAAUAUAUUCUCAGAACAAUUACCAUCAAAUUUAAUCUAUUUUGCUGGCAAAAUUGCCUUGGAGGGGGUCCUUGAUUUGUUGAGUCUUUUUUUUUGGGGGGGGGAGGGGGGGAGUGUUGUAAAAAACAGAAUAGCAACUGGUUUCAGAAUAGGAAGAAUUGUUGUAAUAUAGGUAAUAUAAUUCUAAGACAAAUCAUCCAAAGGAAGCAAUCAUUCUAGCUCUUGUAGUGUAUGUUGCAACAUUUGAGUAAUAACAUGAUGAUAAGCAAGCUGUGAACAACAAUUCAAAUACAGUAGUAAAGCAAGACUUUGCAGUAGUGAAGCAAGUUGAUGGGCGGGCGGCACACAUGACCGACACAACUCGGCACCAGAGCUGGCAGACCUACCAGAUCAUGCUGGAUCCAUCCCUGUGUUGCAAAAUGUAUAUUCUUCAUAGUCAGGCAUUCACAUGAAUGAAGAUUAGAAUUGCAUCAUGUUAUGUAUCGAUCAAUUCGAAACUUCACCAUCACCCCCCCCCCCGGGCUGACCCCGGGAAUUUGAACUUUUUGAAAUUUGACUGAUCAAAUUCUCCACCCCCUGUGCAAAAAAUGUCUUCAAAUGCCCCACUGUAAUAAGAAAUUAAGCGUUCAAAUGCCCCACCUUCAUAUGAAAAUUAUGAAACAGUAAACACGAAAAGUACAAAAUAUACGGAAAUGUUUUUCGACAAGAUAGCGAAAUUCACAUAAAAAGUUUGGAUACUUUGUGGAAAUUUAACAGUUGUACACAAUUAUGUAGCACAUAUCUUCAAACGAAGCACAUAGAUUUUCCAUGCCCGUUUCUUUGAGCCAGUUUUUCCCAAAAUUGAGGCCGUUUCCCUUGAAAUCUGAGAAAACUGUAUUUGCCGCCAAUGCAAAGUAUUUUCUGUGCAUGCAGGAAGCACGCGAAAACAGGCAAAAUUUUAAGACUUCCGGUUCAAAUUCCCCAGCCUGUUAUCAAAUGCCCCACCACAUGGAAGACCUAGAACGUCAAAUUCCCUACUCCCUGGAGAAGACUUGAAGUCAAAUUCCCGGGGUAUGCCCGGGGGGGGAUGGUGAAGUUUCGAAUUGAUCGAUACAUGUUAUAUAGUCUUAAAUAUUUAGGAGGGGUCUCCAUUAGUAAGAGAUUAAAAAGGGGUCCCAUGACAUUUUGACAUAAGAAUCUCCCACCCCACCCUAGGGUAUAAUGAAUGGUCACUUAAAGUACAUGCCAUCUUCUAACUGGUUGGGCACCUUGCUCCUUUUGUGAUGGAAAAUCUAUUCCCUACCUUUAUCCCCUGGGACAAAAAAUUCAAAUCAACUCUCCACCCUGAUAAUGUACAGAUGAUAACAGCAAGAAUUGAAGCAAGCAAGCUUUACUGGAGUACAUACUAUUAUUAGGAAGCAUCAAUUCGCACAUGCUAAUUUGCCAGUCAUGAUUUUAAACAUAUCACUCAUAUGUCAGUUUUGCAGCUUGCCAGCUUCAACAACAUUUGGCUGCAAGGAAAACGUAAACAAGCAAAGAGCAUAUAACACUUCAUCUGUGUUUAAAAUAUCAGUGAAUAAAUAUUCCAGCCAUUGGCACUUUAUAAUAUAAGUGACAUUCAACAAUAGAUCAAUAACAUAUACAGUAUAUGCAAAAACAUUUCUUUGAAUCACUAUAUAAAAUAUUCCUCAUAAACUCGCUCCAAUCGUCGCACAGCAGAGUCUUUGGAAGGGUAAAAUCAAGUUUAACAUCCCCAGUUCAAAACACUUUCCGUGUCCUCUUAGGCAAGCCUGUCCAGCUGGAGAACAUCUGUCGUAAUACUAUUAUAUCUUGGCUCGGUUAAUUCUGUUUAGCGAACGAACGAUAUUUACCAAACCCAGUUGGAAGAACAGCAACUACAUAGUUCCCAUGUAAUAAAAGCUGAAGAAUCUGAUUUCGAGUACGUCGGUAGCAAAAAGAAGGAAACAUUUCAAAGACUAAACGCAUUUUUAAGCCGCUCUAAGCACUUAAAUUUUGUGGACACUCUUAGGUUGGCGGCCAUCUUGGAUUUUCUAAUCAUUAUUUAACAAAUAUAAAACAUUUUCCGUGUUGAUAUACAGUUAUAUCAACACGAACUUCCACGAGUGUUGAUAUAACUAUAUAUCAAUACGGAAAAAAUGUUUUAUAUAUUUUUUAUAAUAUAGCGAUGUCAAAAGCCCGAAGGAUAAGAAAAAUUUCCGUGUUUAGAAGCGGCGGAAAUUUUCCCGUGUUGACAUUGAGUUAUAUCAACACGGCUCUUAGCCAAUCAACGUUCAGAAUUUACAAAUGCUAUAUUAUAAUAUAAUUUAUUACACCCACUAUAUCUGGGUGUUGAAAGUCAUGUGACCGGCCGGUGCCAGGGCCUUUUCCCGCCUUCCCAAUGACAAAAAGGGAAAAGCCCUGGGAACGAGGUUGACAAAACCUAUCUAAUUGACCAUUUGCGUAAUAGACCAUCCUCGGUCCCAGGGCCUCACGGCUGACACUGCGUUGCCGGAGGCCCUGGCGAAAACCAAAACCGGAACUUCAAAAAUCUUGUAGUUUGCCGGAAGUAAACGUAAUAAAAUGCUGACUCUGCAUCUUUUUUGCAAGGAGUGAACUUUGAGAAUUUCUCGAAAGAAAUAAUGUUUUAUAUGCAAGAUAAACAUUAAUUUGAUCUGGUUAUUUUUCACCAUUAAAUGUUUUAAUGGUUGACCAAAUCAGUAAACUAAAGGAUCAUGUAAAUGUUUCAAUUAUGAAGCUGUUCAAGUUGAUGAAUCGAAGGAUACAAUGUUGGUUUGGGAGAGUCAUUGUAUACGGAGAGCAAAUCAAUUGGAGAACAUGAAAGUUUUUGAAUUUUUAUUAUAAUCGACGAAAUAUACAGACAAUUUAAAAGCGAUAGUUGUGGACGAAGCCCAAUCUUGUUACUGAAUGGUGAGUGAGUGAUACUGAUAUAUUUGGUUGUUUCUCAAUAUUCUUUCUUUGCUAUAUUAAUGGUUAUCUGCAAGACUGUACACAUACAGACAACAUAUAUUCUGUUUAAUACGUCCGGUCUAAACGCUGCAUUUUACAUGUGCCAAGUCUAGAAUGUGCCAAGUCUAGAAAAGUUUGUUCAACCUUUUAAGUGCUACCAAAUUAUUUUACUCAGCUUAACAUGCCAGAUGAUUGAGUGUACUGGUCAUAGUGGUCAAUGUGAGAGUGCUACUGCUCAAUGGGUUAAGGUGGCUCGAUAGGAAAAAAAAAUUUAAAAAUUGAAUUUUUUGAAAACAAUAUUUUUUGAAAGUUUAAGCACUAAUCUUUCAUAUACAAUUGGUUUUUUAAAUAAUAUCAGGGUAUUUUCAGUUGUUUGGGGGUUUUUAUAAAAUGCACCAUCAUAUUUUGCACUCGUAACCAUGGAAACCGCAUCUGUUUUUUCAAAAUAACCCUAUGAAAUGGCUUUGUAUACUGGUUUUUAUUGUUGUUUUGUAAAAAGUGCGCAUCUUUACAAAGAGGACUGGUAAGUAGAUACAAUUACAUUGCCUGGUUACCAAGUCAAAAUUCAAAUUGAAAGAGAAAGCUAGAAAACAAAUUUGUUAGAAUUGUAUAUUUCGUUAGAAAUGCCUGAUAUAAGAAAUUUAUUCGAUUGAAAGAAAAGAAACGAAAGUUUCACGGAAACCACCAUGUCAAAGUCGAAGAAUUACCUGAUUGUGAAGCUUCUAAAGAGGAGAAAAUUGCUGAAACAAGUACGUCAAAUUUGACUACUGCUUCAGAUGAAGUGACAUCAUCGAGCGCUUCAAUUUAGGUCGUUGCCUGCCUCAAAAAGGAUACUUGACUGUGAUUUAUCAAGUGUGGAUGAAGAAAACUGUACUGAUGGGUUUAGAAUUAUAGAUAUAUCGAUUUUGAUGUCCAUUUUCAACACCUUUAUAUGCCCUAAAUGUAAGUCGGGUCACAUUGUUAUGAAGGAAGACAUAACUGCAAAGAUGGGACUUGUGACACAACUUUCGCUGGAAUGUUCUGCCAAAAUGUGUUCAUAUUCUGUGAAUUUUUAUACAUCAAGUCGGGUGAAUAAUAAAUCUAAAGCUUUUCAAGGAAAUAGAAGGGCUGUGUGAGUGAGAAACAUUGGAGUUGGUCACCAAGGGCUUGUGAAGUUUUGUGGUGCAGUGAACAUGUUGGCACCUAUGAAUGCAAAUUUAUACACCAACCAUGUGACAGCUAUUCAUGGAGCUGCUGAAGUUGUUGCCAAGGCAAGCAUGAAAAGUGCAGCUGAGGAGACAAAGCAGUUUUAUGAACUAGAAGAAGAUGGUGUGUAUGAUAUUGGUUAUUGGUAUUACUGCGGACGGGACCUGGAGACGAAGGGGAUAUUCAUCUUCCUGCGGGGUCGUUACUGGCAUGUCGUUGAUUACUGGAAAAGUGCUAGACGUUGA